GUCCUUCUCCAUCUCCACUAGAAACCGCAAAACUGAAGCCCCCCCACCCCCACUCCCACUCCCACUCACGCUCUCCUCCUUCUAAAAGCCUUCUCGGUGCUCCGCUUCAACAAGCGGAGUAAGAAAGCCAUGGCAUCUGCUCCGCCGUCAUCGUCGCUCCUCAUUCUCCUUAUUCUAGCUUUCGCUGCAUUGGUUUGUGAAUCUAGGCUGAGUGCCGACUACUACGUCAAAUCCUGCCCCAGAUUCAACCAGAUCAUGCAAGACACCAUCACUAACAAGCAGAUCACCAGCCCCACCACCGCCGCCGGUACUCUCCGCGUCUUCUUCCAUGACUGCUUUAAUGAUGGCUGCGACGCUUCCGUUCUCCUCUCUUCCACCUCCUCCAACUCCGCCGAGCGAGACGCGGAGAUCAACCUCUCCCUACCCGGUGACGCCUUUGACCUCAUUGUACGAGCCAAGACCGCUCUUGAGUUUGCAUGUCCCAACACCGUCUCUUGUGCCGACAUCCUCGCGGUUGCCACUCGGGACCUUCUCACUAUGCUUGGGGGACCUCACUACACCGUCUACCUUGGCCGGAAAGACAGCAGGAUUUCAAAAUCUUCCCUCGCCGAAAGCAAUCUCCCUCGACCCACAAUGCCCAUGUCCCAAUUAAUCGACAUUUUCACUAAACGAGGUUUCACUAUUCAAGAAAUGGUGGCACUGAGCGGCGCCCACACCGUGGGUUUCUCCCACUGCAAAGAGUUCAGCUUCAACAUUAGAAACGACACCCAUUAUAAUCCGAGAUUCGCACAGGCAUUGCAGCAAGCCUGCUCCGGUUACCCUCAAAACCCAACAUUGUCAGUCUUCAACGACAUUAUGACUCCAAACAAAUUCGACAAUUUAUACUUCCAGAAUCUUCCUAAGGGGUUAGGGGUCUUGGAGUCUGAUCACUCCCUGUACAAUGACCCGAGGACGAGGCCAUUCGUAGAAUUGUAUGCAAAGGAUCAGAACAAGUUCUUUCAGGAUUUUGCCAAAGCUAUGCAGAAGCUUAGUCUAUAUGGGAUUAAGACUGGCAGGAAAGGGGAGAUUAGGCGCAGGUGUGAUGCCGUUAAUUAAUUGAUGAUUACAUUUUAUUCUUUCUGGGUUUUGAGGAUCCUCUCUUGAUAUUAUUGAACACCUGUUUUGUCUGUUCCAACUGCGAUUUUAUCAAGCUCAGUUAUAUACAUAGUUAUUCAUUCUGUGCACUGAGUUUCAAUCCUUUUGCUCUUAUUCAGUCCAUUUAGUUCCUGAUUUGCCUGGAGAUUUUGUGAGAUGGUUUGAUGAGUAAGACUGAUUUUUAAGGGUUUUCUGUAGUUUAAUUACAGAAUUUUUCAUGGAGGAAUGUGUUUGUUCAUUUCUGUGAUUUGGUUUUCAAUCUUUGCACUGUUUCAGUGCUUAUAAUCCCUGAUUUUACUUGAUAAAUCUUGUUGAGUAGUUGAUGAAGUUUUUGAUUAUUGGGGGAUUUUGCAUAGUGUAAUUACAGAUUUGUCAAAGGUGAAUGUGUUUGCGGAGACGCGAGAAGAUGAUUUUGAAUUGUAUUGCAUUAAACAAUGCUGAAAGCAAGGGGAAAGCUCUAUUGAUAUUUGGAAUUCAUGAUCAUGUAUUGUUUAUUUGUUUAAGCCCUUUGAGCUGCGUUUUCAUGUUUGCUCAAGGAAUAGUUUAGUCCUUGUCUUUGAAAUGCUAAUGAGGCAGCAUAUUUUAUACCAC